UCUCCACGCACGCGCUGUUGCCUCCGUGUCCGCAGCUCUUACUGCCCAUACACGUAGGCGCGCGUGCGUGCUCCGGUUCGAGCCCCCCUGACCCGUGAGAGGACGUUAACCGUGCUAAGGGGACCGCCUGCGGCCGGCCUCCCCCCGCCGCUGGGUGGUGCAGUCCGGCAGGGGGCUGUCCGUGACUGGGCCGCUGCAGACGAGCCGAGCCGAGGCAGGCUGUGCGUGUCCGGGAGAGGCGCCCCGUUCUGGAACCAUUCCUCUCUGUUUCACCCGAGGACUUUUCCGUUUACCUGCGCGGGCCCCGCCCUCACUGUGGGACCACCUGAGCACGAGCGCGUGAGUGAGGAACACGCAGCGGCGGCGCGUGCGCGGGACUCUGGACUUAAAUCACGGAUCGGACUCUGCUGCUCGCUUCACGCAGUCAUGUCCACCUGAAGCCGACUCUUCAUCAGACCUGAAGCAGCUCCCGCCCCUCCUCCUCCUCCUCCUCCUCCUCCUCCUCCCCUCCUCCACUCCUCCCCCCACUUCCUCUCCUCUUCUGUUUUUCUCUCUUUCUCUCCGCCAUGCUUUCCUGUCCUCUGCUCCUCUUCAUUCUCCUCUCCCUCCUCCCCCCUCACCCCCUCCUGUCUGCCCCCGCUGCCCCCCCCUCCUCAGGGUCGGGCAGGGCGGUGUACAGAGUCUUUAACACCUCCCUCACCCACCUGACCAUCCACCGCUGGACAGGUGAGGUGUUUGUCGGCGCCGUCAACCGUGUGAUAAAGCUGUCCCCCAACCUGACGGAGCUGAAGAGUCAUGUGACCGGACCUGUGGAGGACAACGCCAUGUGCUACCCCCCUCCCAGCAUGAGGCACUGCGCACACGGACUGGUGAAUUCAGACAACGUGAACAAGCUGUUGCUGGUGGAUUACACCGGGAACAGACUGGUGGCCUGCGGCUCCAUCUGGCAGGGAGUCUGUCAGUUCCUCAGACUGGAGGACCUCUUCAAACUGGGGGAGCCGCAUCACCGCAAGGAGCACUACCUCUCAGGAGCCAGAGAGGCUGAUGGGAUGGCAGGAGUGGUUGUGGAUGAAGAUGACUGGAUCACUGACCCUGCAAAGAAGAAGCCGGUGAAGGGCAGCAGUCGGCUCUUCAUCGGCGCCGCCAUCGACGGAAAGUCGGAGUAUUUCCCCACGCUGUCCAGCAGGAAGCUGGUGGCUGACGAGGAGAACGUGGACAUGUUCUCUCUGGUUUACCAAGACGAGUUUGUGUCCUCCCAGAUCAAGAUCCCGUCGGACACUCUGUCACUCUAUCCAGCCUUUGACAUUUACUACAUUUACGGGUUCUCCAGUCGCACGUACGUCUACUUCCUGACGCUGCAGCUGGACACGCAGCUGACGCAGAUGGAUGCCGGCGGGGAGAAGUUCUUCACCUCCAAGAUUGUGAGGAUGUGCUCCAACGACACGCUGUUUUACUCCUACGUGGAGUUUCCUCUGGGCUGCACCAAAGACGGCGUCGAGUACCGUCUGGUUCAGGCCGCCUACAAGCAGAAACCGGGGCGGCGGCUGGCCCAGGCGCUCGGACUGUCUGAAGAUGACGACAUCCUGUUCGUCGUCUUCUCCCAGGGUCAGAAGAACCGCUCAAACCCGCCCAGAGAGACGGUCCUCUGCCUCUUCACGCUCUACAACAUCAACCUGGCCAUCAGAGAAAAGAUCCACUCCUGCUACAGAGGAGAGGGAAAGCUCUCGUUACCAUGGUUACUCAACAGAGAGCUGAACUGCAUCCCCACCCCCCACCAGAUUGGAGACGACUUCUGCGGGCUGGUGCUGAACCAGCCCCUCGGAGGCCUGCGGGUCAUCGAGGGCUUCCCGCUCUACGAGGACCGGACCGAGGGCAUGGGCGCCGUGGCUGCCUACACCUACGGGGAGCACACCGUGGUGUUUGUGGGGACCCGGAGCGGCCAGCUGAAGAAGAUCCGUGUGGACGGAAUCCCGCCCCCAACCCAGAAUGCCUUGCUGUACGAGACGGUGCCAGUGGUGGAGGGGAAGCCGAUCCUGAGAGACAUGGUGUUCAGUCCGGACCACCAGUACAUCUACCUGCUGAGCGACAGACAGGUGAGCAAGCUGCCGGUGGAGAGCUGCGACCAGUACAGGACCUGCUCCGGCUGUCUGGGGUCAGGAGACCCGCACUGCGGAUGGUGUGUCCUCUUCAACAAGUGCUCCAGAAAGGAGGCGUGCAGCCGGUGGGAGGAGCCUCAGCACUUCAACACGCGCCUGGACCAGUGCGUGCACAUCUCCGUCAGCCCGAGCAACAUGUCCGUCACGUCCCCGCCGACGCAGCUGUCUGUCAAAGUGCAGAACGUCCCGGCGCUGUCGGGGGGCGUGUCCUGCGUGUUCGAGGACCUGACCGAAACCCCCGGAGAGGUGCUGUCCAGAGGUCAGGUGAAGUGCACGUCGCCGUCCCUCAGAGACCUCCCGUCAGACGCGCACACCCACGAGGAGAAGAGGGCGGUGCAGCUGAGCCUGCGCUCCAAAGAGACCGGACUUCAGUUCAUCUCCACCACCAUCGUCUACUACAACUGCUCCGUGCUCAGCUCGUGUACGACCUGCGUCAGCAGUGCGUUUCCCUGCCACUGGUGCAAAUAUCGCCACAUCUGCACCAACAACCUGCAGGACUGCUCCUUCCAGGAGGGGCGGGUCAGCAACAUGGAGGGUUGUCCUCAGAUCCUCCCCAACACGGACAUCCUGGUCCCGGCCGGGAUGGUGCGCCCCAUCACGCUGCGCGCUCGGAACCUCCCCCAGCCGCAGUCGGGCCAGAAGAACUACGAGUGCGUGUUCAGCAUCCAGGGGAAGGUCCAGCGCAUCCCCGCCGUGCGCUUCAACUCCUCCUGCAUCCAGUGCCAGAACACCUCGUACUGGUAUGAAGGCGACGAGGCCGGCGAUCUGCCCGUGGAUUUCUCCAUCGUCUGGGAUGGAGAUUUCCUCAUCGACAAACCCGCCUUCAUGAAAGCGCUGCUGUACAAGUGUGAGGCCCAGCGCUCCAGCUGCGGUCAGUGCCUUAAAGCCCCCACUGCCUUUGAGUGCGGCUGGUGCACGGAGAGCAGGAAGUGUCUCCUGCGGCAGCACUGUCCCUCCCCAGAGCAGAACUGGAUGCACCACGGCCGGCACAACCUGCGCUGCAGCCAUCCGCGCAUCACAAGGAUCGACCCUCUGACGGGACCUCGGGAGGGGGGCACCAGGGUGACGAUUGAGGGCGAGAACCUGGGCCUACAGGUGAAAGAGAUCGCUCAAGUCCAGGUGGCGGGAGUCCGCUGCAACCCGGUACCUCUGCAGUACAUCAGCGCGGAGAGGAUCGUGUGCGACAUGGCCGAGGCCCUCCUCCCCCACUCCCCGGGCGGUCCCGUGGAGGUCUGCAUCGGCGUCUGCAGCGCCGAGUACCGAACCGUCUCCACUCAGAUCUACUCCUUCGUGAGCCCCAGCUUCAACCGCGUCCGUCCGGCUGUAGGGCCCGUCUCCGGGGGAACCAGGCUGACCGUCUUCGGUCGGAACCUGGACGCCGGCAGCUCGGUCGUCGUCUCCAUCAACAAGGAGGAGUGUCUGUUUGUCAAGAGGACCAAUCGAGAAAUAGUCUGCAUCACUCCCGCCUCCGUGGCGGGCACUGGCUCCGCCCCCAUCCGUCUGAUGAUCGACCGGGCCGAGGUGACGAGCUCGGAGGUGAAGUACACAUACACCGAGGACCCGACGAUCACCAGCGUGGAACCGAACUGGACCAUCCUGAACGGCAGCACCAUGAUAACGGUGAUGGGGACCAACCUGUUCACCAUCCAGGAGCCCAAAGUCAGAGCCAAGUACGGAGGCCUGGAAACCACAAACUACUGCACGUUGGUCAACGACAGCGCAAUGACGUGUUUGGCUCCUGGGCUGGUCUACAACAAGCCAGAGCCACCAGAGGGGGCGCUGCAACCCGAUGAGUUUGGCUUCAUCUUCGAUCAGGUCUCCUCUGUGCUGGUGCUGAACUCCACGCCCUUCACGCAUUAUCCAAACCCCACCUUCGACCCGCUGGGGAACGCCGGGGUCCUGGAGGUGACGCCGGGCUCACCCAUCAUCAUCAAGGGCAAAAACUUGAUCCCAGGGAACAACCGUCUGAACUACACCGUCCUGAUCGGAGAGUCUCCCUGCCUGCUGACCGUCUCUGAGAACCAGCUGCUGUGCGAUUCACCGGACCUCACCGGAGAGCAGCGAGUUCUGAUCCUGGUUGGUGGUCUGGAGUACUCCCCAGGGAUGCUCCACAUUUACUCCAACAGCGUCCUGACACUUCCCGCCAUCAUCGGGAUCGGCGCCGGCGGCGGGGUGCUGCUCAUCGCCAUCAUCGCUGUGCUGAUCGCCUACAAGAGGAAGACCCGGGACGCCGACCGCACACUGAAGCGCCUCCAGCUGCAGAUGGACAACCUCGAGAGCCGGGUGGCGCUGGAGUGCAAGGAGGCGUUCGCAGAGCUGCAGACGGACAUCCAGGAGCUGACCAACGACAUGGACGGAGUGAAGAUUCCCUUCCUGGAGUAUCGGACCUACACCAUGAGAGUCAUGUUCCCUGGAAUCGAGGAGCAUCCCGUCCUCAAAGAGCUGGACUCUCCAGCCAACGUGGAGAAAGCUCUGCGCCUCUUCAGCCAGCUGCUGAAUAACAAGAUGUUCCUGCUGACCUUCAUCCACACGCUGGAGGCCCAGAGGUCGUUCUCCAUGAGGGACCGCGGGAACGUGGCCUCGCUGCUCAUGGCCGCCCUGCAGGGCCGGAUGGAGUACGCCACCGUGGUGCUGAAGCAGCUGCUGGCCGAUCUGAUCGAGAAGAACCUGGAGAACAGGAAUCACCCCAAACUGCUCCUGAGGAGGACUGAGUCUGUUGCUGAGAAGAUGCUGACCAACUGGUUCACCUUCCUGCUGCACCGAUUCCUCAAGGAGUGUGCUGGAGAGCCCCUCUUCAUGCUGUUCUGCGCCAUAAAGCAGCAGAUGGAGAAAGGGCCGAUCGACGCCAUAACCGGAGAAGCUCGAUACUCCCUGAGCGAGGACAAACUCAUCCGGCAGCAGAUCGACUACAAGCAGCUGACCCUGAUGUGCAUCCCCCCGGAGGGCGAGGCGGGAACUGAGGUGCCCGUGAAGGUGCUGAACUGCGACACCAUCACUCAGGUCAAAGACAAACUGCUGGACGCCGUGUACAAAGGAAUCCCCUUCUCACAGAGACCUCAGGCGGACGACAUGGACCUGGAGUGGCGUCAGGGUCGACUGACCAGGAUCAUCCUGCAGGACGAAGACGUGACCACCAAGAUAGAGAGUGACUGGAAGCGGCUGAACACUCUGGCCCACUAUCAGGUAACAGACGGCUCCGUGGUGGCGCUGGUCCAGAAGCAGGUUUCUGCCUACAACAUCGCCAACUCCUUCACUUUCACCAGAUCCCUGAGCAGAUACGAGUCGUUGCUGCGGACGUCCAGCAGCCCGGACAGCCUCAGAUCCAGAGCGCCCAUGAUCACGCCGGACCAGGAGACAGGAACUAAACUGUGGCAUCUGGUGAAGAACCACGAGCACGACCAGAAGGAAGGAGACCGAGGAAGCAAGAUGGUCUCUGAGAUCUACCUGACCAGACUGCUGGCCACCAAGGGGACGCUGCAGAAGUUUGUGGACGACCUGUUUGAGACCGUCUUCAGCACCGCUCACCGUGGCUCCGCCCUCCCGCUGGCCAUCAAAUACAUGUUUGACUUCUUGGACGAGCAGGCGGACAAACGACAGAUCAGCGAUCCGGACGUCCGGCACACGUGGAAGAGCAACUGCCUUCCUCUCAGGUUCUGGGUGAACGUCAUCAAGAACCCUCAGUUUGUGUUCGACAUCCAUAAGAACAGCAUCACCGACGCCUGCCUGUCCGUCGUGGCGCAGACCUUCAUGGACUCCUGCUCCACGUCCGAACAUCGGCUCGGGAAAGACUCGCCGUCCAACAAGCUGCUCUACGCUAAGGACAUCCCCAACUACAAGAGCUGGGUGGAGAGGUACUACAGGGACAUUGCUAAGAUGCCCAGCAUCAGCGAUCAGGACAUGGACGCCUACCUGGUGGAGCAGUCCCGCCUCCACGGCAACGAGUUCAACACACUGAGCGCGCUCAAUGAGCUCUACUUCUACAUCAACAAAUACAAGGAGGAGAUCCUGACGGCGUUGGACCGGGACGGGUACUGUCGCAAACACAAACUGAGGCACAAACUGGAGCAAGCCAUCAACCUGAUGGCUGGCAGCAGCUGAGAGGAGGACAGCUGGACUGAUGGACCAAAGGGUGGACUGAUGGGAGGAUGGGGAGAGGGACAUGAGGGGGUGAAGGCCUUUUUAUUUUUCUGAAUGUCACUCUGCUCCGUGUUGGGACGACUGACCGCCACGUCUCCGGAAAAACCAUCAACCGAUCAAACCGUCAUUUAUUAGUUAGUGGAUUUCCUGUUUGAGUGAAUGUGGAAUCCCAGCCGGCGGCGGAUCCCACCGCAGGUGCCAAAGUGGGGGCGUGACUGAACUGGGACCUGAGGACUAACUGGAACCUCGGGUCGCCCUCUGAGCGGUGGACGUCCCGCUGCUCGCUCUGACCCGACCGAGGAGUCUCUGUCCAGAUCGCCGGUUCUGCCAAAAGCCAGAAGCUGUCUGGAGGUUUAAUGAGGGAGAAAGAGAUCAGAGACCAUGUCCUUCAAAACGGACCUGAAAUCAGGGUCCGUCCCGCCGGACUCCAGCCGGUCCGGAUGGAGAAGCUCCGUUUCAAAACCACUUCACGUUAUUUUCUCUGGACAAUCACUCUGUACGCAGCACACUGAGCCUACGGAGCGACCACUUCCUGUGUCCACGCCCCCUCCCCCUCCCCCAAUCAGCGCUCAGGCCCGCUGACCUCCAGCUGGCCAACUAGACUCUUUAGUGAUGUACUGCCGACCAAUGACGACUGUGGAACUCAACAGACCCUCGACGGCGGAGGCGGAGUUAACCCGAAUACAUUCCAGCACGCGAACAGGCAGGGUCUGUACAUAAACCGGCUGCUGACUCGCCAUUCCACCACAUCCCAAAAACCCACUGCAGCGGCGGUGCGGCGCCACAGCGUGCACGCGCCUGCACACAGCCAUGCUCACCGCGCCCGCGGGGAAUACUGUGCAGAGCGACGGGCCAGUGCUGUGCAAAACUGGACCGGGUCGCAUCAGAACCGGACAGUCCGAGGACCAAAUGCAAAACCAUAACGACCCAGAGGAGGUUGAGCCGGAUUGGUUCUUCUGAGCGUAUUUAUGAGAAAAAAAGAUGAAAGCAGUAAUAAAACUGUGAUUUAAAGAACUUGUACAGAGAUGAACGUUUGUCUGCAUCCAGAGGAGAACAGAGGCAGAACCCGCCCGGACCCGACCCGACCCACACAGGGGUUCGAACUUUUUGGUACUUUUCUAUGAAAGUUUUCUGCUCUCUUCUGUCGACCGAGCGCAUCACCACCAGCAGCUGACCCGGUGUGGAUGAUGAAGGCCCCCCCCCCUUCACAAAGCCCGGUUCUUCGACCCGGACCACGUUGAUGCUGCUCAUCGGGCCCUGCAGCUCUCACCUUCGUGGCGUUUCUUAGCUUUCAGCAGGUCUUCUCUCUCUCUGUGCAGUCAGUCUGAACGCCUGAGCGGUACCGGCGUGACCCCCCUUCUGUUGGGUCAGCGCGGUACUGAUUCAGGCAGAACCUGCUCCUGUUAGAGCCUCAGGUGUCCCAGGUUCUAAAUGUCCGUCUGAGUUUUGGAUUUCUGUUGCUAAACUCCAGGCGGUCCAUGAAGCCAAACCCGUGUUUGGGGGCGUGUCUUGGGCGGGGCGUGUUCUGAUCCGGUUCCUGUGCCAUAACGCUGCAAAAGAAGCACCUUCUCCUUUCAGUCAUUUCAGUCUGUGGGGCCAAAAGAACCUGAGUGAGGAAGAGGAGGGCGGGGCCUGACAAAAACCGCCUCUCUGUGGGGACGAACGGUUGAACACAUGACACAUGCGUGCACGUGCGUGUGCGUGUGCCUGUGCAUGCUGCCGGUAAAACAGGGACGGUAUCUGCAGCUCGUUUCAAAGCUUCUCCCAGAGAAACGAUUUGAGUCUGAUUGAAGAUCGUCAGAAAUGCUGAACUACAAAGAUGGCGUCUCUACCUGGAAGAAAACACAAAUCUAAAAUUAGAAACAGGAAGUAGAUGGGGAGAUGGGGGGGGUGAGAGUCUCACCGCAUACAAAGGUGGGAGAAGAAGAGUGGCGAGGAAUACUGAGAGGAGGAGGUGGUGGGGGAGGAGGAGGAGGAUGCGAGCGUUUAUCUCUGACAUCACAAUGACUGAAGUGUUUCUGCUGUGGCAGCAUGCACACGCCUGUGCGCGUGCGCGUGACACUGGGAGGGGGAAGCAGACUGACGGGGCAGCAGAAAGGAUGCGGUCUAAUUCCUGGAACCAUACGAAACGUGCAUGGGCGCUCGCCUUUACAGUGUUUUCUCCAUUUUACAGGAGUGGGAUAUUUUCGAUUGUGUUUUUAUUUAUUGUCACAAUGGGUUGUAUUUAUUGUACACAGGGUUGUGCAGCAUUCUCAGAAGAUGGAGUUUAUUUUAACUUAUGUCCGGUUUGAGGGUGGGGGCGAACCACUUUGAGUCCGUUCAUCUCAGUUUUCUUGCUUUCUUCUCCUUCAGCAAACCAAACUUACUCCAGCUGCUGAUUCUGGAUCAGUCCGGAGCUCAAGCCAACGCUCUUCUGGGCUCUCAAACCCGCACAGCUCUCAUUCAGAGGAGAGAAACCCAGCCGACACUCACCAGCGGUGUGGUUUCACUCCCUGACUCCGCCCCCUGAACUCCCCCAGAAGCAGAUUUAAUGUUGGAGUGGAACAGAAUCAGCUGUUACAUUGUUAAAACAAAUAAAAAUGUGAUCUUUGGAGAAAAGGAGAAUCCGUGUGAACCUGAAAUGAGGAGAGGAGGUUCUGCUGCCACGACUGUCCGAGCCCCGUCUAUUAAGCUCCGCCCACACUCCAAAGAUUAAAUCCUACUAUAUCUAUUUUUGCUCAAAUGGAUUAAGAACUCACCAGCUCACCGGAUCAAAACUAGUUCCUAAAUAACAGCAAGUGAGAAUUUGCCAUAUUUAUGAAAACAAGUCUCAGUGAAACGGUCCCUGAAUCCGGUUCUGACCCGCUGAAGGUGCAGUACUGCAGGCUGCCACUAGGGGGCUGUUGGGUCAGCUGAUCCCACUGGACUUUCAUUUGUGAUCAGAACAGGGACUCGAUGUCUUCAUCUGCAGCGUCGGCAUCCACAGCUGCAUGUCCAGUGUUUUAGACUACCCAGAAUCCUCAGCUGUGGGGGGGGCGUGCUGGGUUCUGGGUCCUAGAUCCGGAUGGAGUCCCUCAUCUCUGCAGAUGUCCAGAUUAAGAGCUCAGAUGAGGUUCAGGCUUCGUCCACCAGGGAUGUGACACCACUGUGAAAGCAUCUUCAGACGCUCCAAAGAGAAGCGCCUGCCCCGCCCACAUCGCAUCGACCACUAAAAGUAUUACUGACUGUUCUGGAAGCCAUGACCUCCGUGUGACUGAGCGGUGGGGGUCUGCUCGCUGUGUGUUUGCUGUAACAUUUGUGUCCUGGUUAAGUCUUUGUUCUGCACAUUGGGCCGUGAGAACAGAGUUCUUCUGACUGCAGCAGAACUUUGUGACCCGGUUAUGGACUGAAAGAUCUGAAGAAGUGGAUGUUCCUGUAAGGGCGGGGCUGGCAUCACAGACCAAUCCGUCUAUUCAAAAUGAUCAUGAUUGGACCGGCUUUAGAGUUCAAUCCCACUCGAUCCUUUCCGUAUUUUCUGCACUAUAGGGCGCCCCGGUAACAGAAGCAAAACAGUGAGUUUAGUCCAACCUUAUUCCACUGUUUCACAAUAAUUCAUUUAUAAUUAAUCUUCUUCCACAAAACCUCUUUGGUGUUUGAAUGAAACUAAUUCCAUCAUCAAACAUGGCGGCUCGCCGUCUGUCGUCCAUCGCUGCCACCACCAAAGUGAAAGUGAAAAACUCUAUUUCAGGACCAAGAACCUUUCUUUUUAGGCCUGAAGGGAACCUCGUGGAGCGUGGUCAACACUCAUUCGACCCGAGUGACCUGUGCAGUCAGCAGACAUAUCAAGGUGCGCUCACACCGGUCGCGUCAGCGCGCAUUCAAGCGGCCACGUUCAAUGGAAACUCAACACAAACGUACGGAACGUGCUUACAUUAGAAAAACAUGCAUAAGGUUUGAUCUGUGCGCGGCGCAGCAAUGCAUGUUGGGAUGUGCUUCAUUAGAGUUUCACCUGCGCAGGGAAAACGGUCAAUUCCAGCACACGACUCACUGUAGUAACACAACCGUCUCCUGAACAAACUAAGGAACGCUGUCAGUCGAAUCCUCGCGUGUUGUCCGGCCUGCCGCGUAACGGCGCACGCCGGGUAAAGGUCGCGCUCUGAAAUGCUGGCCGAUCUUCAUGUUUUUGUUGCACUAAAGUGGGUUUCUACAGUAACUUACAGACGUGGUUAACUUUACCGCCAUCCACACUGUUUACAUCAAAACCAGAAUCUCUGUUUCUGACUGUGUUCCUGAAAAUGACCAAAAUGAUCCGAGCGCUCGCUGCUGUUGUGUCAGCGAGAAACGGUCAAUCCAGCGGAGACUUCCCAAAGUCGCACAACAACAUCUUACAGAUUUAUGAACUUAGUACACAACAGACGCACUGGAUUAUGAGACACACAGAUCAUUUUUAAAGAAGUUUAGGCUUUUAAAUGCGCCUUAUAGUGCGGGAAAUACAGUAAUUCUAUUUCUUUUUCCAUUUAGAGUGGAUUCACCUGCUAAUGAAAUGGAUUUAAACUGAACAGAACUUCCAUUAAUGCAGCAGAAACCCAGUUUGGUAAAACAGGAUUCCUUCAGAGGAAAAUGGAUCCUCAGAUGUCAUGACCUGCGUUGGGUCUGUGAGUCUGCCGCCCUGGUACCUUCUGACCAGCAGGACCUUCACAGGUCCCGAGUUCUGCUUUACAAACACAUGCAAGCCGCUGGAAAACAGGGACUUGAACGCUGACGUCUGAUGCAUGAAGGAGAAGGUGUGGAAGCCUCACGUCCAGAACCUGCGGCUCUGCGGCUGGAAGACUGUCCCCACUGAAAAUGCUGUCCAGGAUGUAGCCAGGGCCCAUUUGUGACGCCAUUGCCUUGUUUUUGUCAUUUUUGCUAAGUUAAAUUGUAAUGAUGAUGAAUCGUGUAAUAGCCUGUGUCUGUUUUCUAUCAUUGCCAUUGCCUUCUGCUGAGUUUGUAUAUUUGUGUGGUUUCACUAAAGUGUAAAUGAAAUCUGA